AUGGCGGUCUGUGGAGGCGACGUGAGGCGUUCAUGGUCCGGAUCCGGGUCUCCCACCGACACCCCAUCCUCCGUGGUCCCCGCGUCCGAGGAGGAGAAGCCGAGGAAGAGAAGGAAAGCCUUCUGCCUGGCAAGGAUCAAGUCCCGCAACAGCUCCGGCAGGCAGCAGCAGCAGCACCAGCACCACCAGCCCGCCACCAACAACAACAACAUGCCGUUCAUGAUCCACUGUCAGAUCGGAAAAGAGAUCAAACACAUCUGCAGCAACUGCCGGGGAGCGGAGCCGCUGGACGCCGAGGAGGUAGAGAGGUUGGCGGCGAUGCGCUCCGAUUCGCUGGUACCAGGCACGCACACGCCUCCCAUCCGUCGGCGCAGCAAAUUCGCCACUCUGGGACGCCUGUUCAAACCGUGGAAAUGGAGGAAGAAAAAGAGUGAGAAGUUCAAGCAGACCUCUGCAGUGUUGGAGAGGAAAAUGUCCACUCGCCAGAGCAGAGAGGAGCUCAUCAAGAAAGGACUCCUGAAGGAGGUGUAUGAGAAAGAUGGCGCAUCUCCAGCUAUGCGGGAAGAGGUGAAGAUGGAAAAUGGUCGAUCUCCGGUGCUCGGCUCCAGCCUAUCAGAGUCUGAAGGUACUGAGCUGAUGGAAGGAGCAGCAGCAGCUGUAGGAUCACUGGAGUUUCAAAUGCCCAGUGAUGGUGCAUGUCAACAGGACUACGGCCAGAAGUCCAGCCAGGCUCCGCCCACAAAGAAGUCCUCGAUGUAUCCAGGUGAUGGCGCUGAAUCAAGCCUCUCCAGACCUCCAACGCUACACAAACAACCUCCUGCUCUACCACCCAAACCUUUCAACAGGCUACCUAAUCAUAUUACAGACGCCGCCCCUGUGAAGUUGCCAUGUAUGUCGGUUAAGUUAUCUCCUCCUCUACCUCCAAAGAAGCUCAUGAUCUCCGUACCUGCAGGGAGCAUGGAGCCCUCUUCGAUCGCCUUCCAGAAGUGCCCCGGCCCUCCCAGCCAUGCUCCGAUGGGUGGACACUCGCUGCCGUACGGGACACUUCCUGUUCCUCUCCACCCGCCCAGCCGGAUCAUAGAGGAGCUCAACAAGACCCUGGCCCUCACCAUGCAGAGGUUUGAGAGUUCCAUGAUGCACGCUGUUCCCACGGUGAUGAUUGAGUGUGACGAUGACAAAGAGAACCUCCCCAAUGAGGCCGACUACGAGGACCUGCCGGGUAUGUACAAGGACGAGGAAGAGGAGGAGGAGGAGGAAGAUGAGGAUGAGGAAGAAGAUGAUGAGGAUGAAGAGGAAGAUGAGGAAGAAGAUGAGGAUGAUACACUGUUUACAAGCACACUAGCCAUGAAGGUUUUACGAAAAGACUCUCUGGCCAUCAAGCUGAGUAACCGUCCAUCAAAGAGGGAGCUGGAGGAGAAAAACAUCCUGCCGCUGCAGUCGGACCAGGAGCGGCUCGAAUCCCGACAACAAACAGCCACCAAACUGACCAGGCGACUGAGUCAAAGGCCGACAGCGGAGGAGCUGGAACAGAGGAACAUACUGAAACCUCGAAAUGAUCUGGAGGAGCAGGAGGAGAAGAGAGAGAUCAAGAGACAUUUAUCAAGAAAGCUCAGCCAGAGGCCCACAGUCGAGGAACUGAGGGAGGCCAAGAUCCUCAUCCGCUUCAGUGACUACGUGGAGGUGGCCGAGGCUCAGGACUACGACAGGAGAGCAGACAAGCCAUGGACUCGGCUCACAGCUGCUGACAAGGCUGCCAUUAGAAAGGAGCUGAAUGAAUUUAAAAGCACAGAGAUGGAGGUGCAUGAGUCGAGCCGACAUCUGACCAGGUUUCACCGACCGUAAAACGGCUCAGUCAGACCUCGGCCAUGUUUUUUAUACUCCCAGAGAAGCCUCAAGUGUUCCGACUGCUACCUGCUGCCCUCGUACUGCUAACGCUCUCCAGCGUCAACUUCAAACUGACGGGUUGUCCUCAACGCGUGAUUUUGAGCCAUUACGGGAAAUGGGAGAAGAGAACUUUAAUAUGGAUUAAACUUUCGACUGUCAUCUCCCCUCAGUGGAGAUUUUGCAGACUUCUUGAUAUUCAAAAGCUUUUAAUUGUCAUUUUUUUAUGAUGAAGAGGUGGCGAUAUGUUUACCUUGCAGCACUUCUGUUUUUGAACAAGGCCACUGGAGGUCAAACACAGAAUCUGUGCCAAUUUCAAGGAUGGGAAUGGUAUGAAGGGAAGAUAGGGCUUUGUUUUCUCUUUAUUAUUAUUUUCUUGCCUUUACCAUGUUCUUACUUCUACUUUCUCUACUGGACAUCGUCUUUCCUUGGGGAUGUACGUGUGUUUGCUCACAGAUGACAUCUUAGGCAUUGUUUGUCAUUUGCCAGAGGAAUGAAAAUAUGUACAACAAUGUAAACUGUUGAAGGCAGCUGAAUUGAAAGCCAAAUUGUCCUAUAACCAUAAUCAAACUCCCAAAAUGCUCUCUACACAAAACGUAACAGUAUAAAUUUCAACCUCCUAACAGUCACGUCAAUCAAUUGAGCAAUAAUUUCAGAUUCUCUCCUUACUCGUCCAUCUGUUUAUGGGCUUCAUUCAAGAGCUCUGACAUUUUUUUUUUUUUUAGACUUUAAAUUCCCAUUUUAAACCAAAGCAACUUGACUUGCUGUGGAGGUCGUGACCUUGAAUGCAUCCCAGACUGACUGCUGUUGAGAGUUCAGUAACUCACUGUGUCACUGUGCCUACAGUAUUGUUUACAGGGAAAUUAAAAGUUGCCAAAACACCUUGUUCAUUUGAUACAGAAUAUUAUCUGUAGACACAGUCAAAUGUUACUGAGUUCUCUGCUGAAUUAAAAGAAAGUAGACUUUUUUUUUUUUUGUACUUCAUUGUUUAUUGUGGGGUCUUUUAUGGUACAAAAUAAGGAAAUGGUUCAUACUGGGUCCAUGAUUUGGCAGUUUUGACCAUAUAAUUGAGGAGAACGUGUUGCUCUGUUGAGUGUGUAUUAUGAUAGUGUGUGUGAAAGUAUGUGUGUGUGUAUGGUUGUGUACAAGAAUCAGUAAUGUUACUGUCACUUGUACAUUUAAAAAUGUUUUGAGAGAAAGAUAUUCUCAGAAUACUAAGAGGAUGUACAUAGAAAGUAAGAGGCUUUUCAAAUGUUUUUUGUAAAGCAGAAAAACUGCAUGUGGGUAUUAAUUUAUUGUGAGUCUUCUAUGAUGUAUGCAGUUUCUUAAAGAAAGAAACUUAUUAAAAAAAAUAAGUUUGU